AGACAGUAUUCAAACGACGAUUUUGACACUAACGAAAGGGCAAUUAAGUAUUGCAUAGAACAAAAAGAAUGCCCAGAGAAUUAUGAUGAGAGCCGUAACGAACAAAAUGAAGACCGAAGAGAUCGUGACCGAAAUGAUAGAAGAGAUAGAGACGACCGACGGGAUCGUGACCGUAAUAACAGGAGAGAUAGAGACGACCGACGGGAUCGUGACCAAAAUGAUAGAAGAGAUAGAGACGACCGAAGAGAUCGUGACCGAAAUGAUAGAAGAGAUAGGGACGACCGAAGAGGUCGUGACCGAAAUGAUAGGAGAGAUAGGGAAGAUAGAAGGAAUCAAAACAAUGAUGAAAAUAAUGAAUUUCCCACCUGCGAAUACUGCGUAAUUAACAAAAUUCAAGGGCUUGAAUACUGG